CAGGCUAGCCUGGCGGGGCUGGGGAGGAGUCAAGCCGGGUUCCAGCCGCACGGCGCUGCGCGCAACGAGAGCCUCGGGCGGCGGAGACAGGGGCGGGGACGACGCUUGUAGGCCAAUGGUGCUCGGCGCUACCGCAAGGGCGGUGCAGGAACCCCAGCCGCUGACAGUCAAAGUAACCAACUCCGCCUUAGUACCCGCGGGAUCCCGGAGCCCGAGCCCUAGCGGGGCUGAGGCCGCCCAAAGCGCGCUGCGAGCAAGCGAAUAUGGCAGCAGAAUGAGGAGCCUUGCGCCGGGUGGUGACCGCCGCUGCGGUGCUGCAGCUCGCAAUCGGCGCUUGGCACGCCACGAACUGCAUUCUUAGUCGGCCUCCGGGUUAUUUCAUUCCGCACCAAGGACCGCGGAAAAAGGAGAUCCGUAGCCCAGAGAGGGAGCUAGGAGACGGGAGCGCGACCCGGGAGAGAUUCUGCGGGGAUGAGCCGGCCAUGGGGCGGCCUCGGCGGGGCGCACGGAGACGGCCGGCGCAUCGGCGGGACCGCUGCCUGAGCCCGGGCUCCACGGGACUUCGGGGCCUCGUGCGUCCCGGCGGAGUCCCUGACGCUGUCUCUGGAAAGGACACGAUACCUGCGUGGCGGACACUGCAGCGAUCACAGCACUGAGGCUCCCGGAGCCUACAGGGUCUGCGGUUCGGUGUGCUGUCACACCGCCGCACGCGGGCGCCUUGCCCGGGGCUCGGCGACUGGCGCAGCUCAGCGAGGUCGGCUGCAGGAGCCGGGGACUGCGGGACUAGCCGGAGAGGCGUGCGCGCGGGUGAUCCCGGCAGAAGCAGAGCCGGACGGACCUGAGCAGCCAUGCUUCCCGGGGUGGGCGUGUUCGGCACCAGCCUCACGGCCCGUGUCAUCAUCCCGCUGCUGAAAGAUGAGGGCUUCGCGGUGAAGGCACUGUGGGGCCGCACUCAGGAAGAAGCCGAGGAGCUGGCCAAGGAGAUGAGUGUUCCUUUCUACACUAGCCGCAUCGAUGAGGUGCUGCUGCAUCAGGAUGUAGAUUUGGUGUGCAUCAACCUGCCGCCGCCGCUAACCAGGCAAAUCGCUGUCAAAACCCUGGGCAUAGGCAAGAAUGUCAUUUGUGACCGCACCGCGACGCCGCUGGACGCCUUUCGCAUGAUGUCAGCAGCCCACUACUACCCCAAGCUCAUGAGCAUCAUGGGCAACGUGCUGCGCUUCCUGCCAGCCUUCGUCCGCAUGAAGCAGCUGAUCGAGGAGGGCUAUGUGGGCGAGCUGCUGGUGUGUGAGGUGCAGGUGCACAGCGGGAGCCUGCUGGGCAAGAAGUACAACUGGAGCUGCGAUGACCUGAUGGGCGGUGGCGGCCUGCACUCGGUGGGCACCUACAUCAUCGACCUGCUUACCUUCCUCACUGGCCAGAAGGCAGUUAAAGUCCAUGGGCUGCUCAAGACCUUUGUAAAGCAGACGGACCACAUCAAGGGUAUCCGUCAGAUCACCAGCGAUGACUUCUGCACCUUCCAGAUGGUCCUGGAGGGUGGAGUCUGCUGCACAGUUACCCUGAACUUCAACGUUCCUGGAGAGUUCAAGCAGGACGUAACCGUGGUGGGCUCUGCAGGGAGGCUCUUGGCAGUGGGCACCGACCUCUACGGGCAGCGCAAUAGCGCCCCGGAGCAGGAGCUGCUGUUGCAGGACACUACAUCCGUGAGCAACUCCCUGCUGCCCGAGAAGGCAUUCAGCGACAUCCCCUCGCCCUACCUGCGGGGCACCAUGAAGAUGAUGCAGGCAGUGCGCCAGGCUUUCCAGGAUCAGGAUGACCGGCGCACGUGGGACGGUCGGCCUCUCACCAUGGCCGCCACCUUCGACGACUGCCUGUAUGCUCUCUGCGUGGUAGACACCAUCAAGAGGUCCAGCCAGACUGGAGAGUGGCAGAACAUUGCCAUCAUGACCGAGGAGCCAGAGCUGAGCCCCGCCUACCUGAUCAGCGAGGCCAUGCGCAGAAGCAGGAUGUCCCUCUACUGUUAGCACUGGGACCUGGUGGACUCGACCUGCUGCAUGGUGCCAGUUAGGGGGAAAUGCACUGUGGAGAGGGGAGCCGUGGGUGGGGAUUGUGGGAGGGGCAGCAUGAAUGCGCGGCACUUAAGAAGGUAGUCCCCAUCCUAGGUAGAGGGCCCCAUCAAAGGUGGUGGUGAGCCCGAGAUUUCGUAUUCAGGAAGACGUGUGAAAGGAAGGGGGUAUAACUAGCACCUCUGUAGUCCAUUACUGUGAGAAGCAAGGAGGGGCCGCCCCCGCCCUACCUCAUCAGUCGUGGCCAUCUUUGCAAGCCAAGACUGUGUAUCUGAUAAGCUCAGUGGGAGCUAGGCUCUGUCAGCGCCCCCCACUGGCAGGAGAGGGCACUUCAUCAAAUGUCUUCAAAGGGGUUUUUUUGGUUUUGCUUUUUUUUUUGGUGAAGGGAGGUAGAGGAGGUGGGUGGGGUUGGUGAGAAAGUUGUCACUGGGGAAGCCACUGUGUGUUUUUCUUUAAGGAUAUGAAGGAAAAGUACUUGGUAGCAAAGUGCUCAGCUUCCUUGCUUGCUUUGUGUCCUAGGAAGCAUUAGGGCCUAACUGGCCCAAUGCUGUUUACUUGGUAAGCGGCGUCUGUAAUGGAGAGCAAAUAAGUGGUAAUCUGUACCCCUGAGGUGACCCCAGAUGACAGACAGGCUUCAAGAAGCCACUUCAGAAGGGGGUGGAAUCAGCACGAGUGGCAAUCAAACCGUCCUGCCACAAGGCUGUCUAAGCAGUGCUAAGAAUGCCACACAUAGCAUAGGCUUGACUGUAGCUGCCUGCCUGGGUCAGGACAGCUACAUUCCUGGGUGUCGCAGUAUGAGCGCCCCAAAAGAAGGGAACACGAGCCCAGCCCCAGAGUUGCUGUAAGCCCAGCUGCCAAGCAGAAGAAACACAUUUAGGAGGAAAGACAUUAGACAUUUGUGAGUUUAGAUAGGAAGCCAUUUGCUUCAUGCCCAUAGACUCCUUUUCUCUUAAGAAGAGUCGGGCUCUUUCCCUUACCCUUGGCCUUGAUUUUCAGGAUUCCAAUAGCUGGAAACUUGACUAGGUAUUAAGAAAAAAAAAGCCAACAGGGAUUAUAUUCUCAGUGUUUCUAAAGGGGGCUUGAGAUCCCCAGGAGGGGGUAUACAUAGGUGGAGAAGGUUCACAUUGGGGGGGGGCAUCUUUUACUUCCUCUCCUGAUCCUUUGUCAUUUUACUCUCUGUGUGAAACUAGAGAUGGCCAAGUACUAGCUUAGACCAAGUCUACAGAUGCACCCUUGUAAAUGUUUGCUAUCCUCAAACAUCACUAAAACAGUCUUUAAAAUUCGAGCCUGGUCAAUCACAUCCAGUUUGAAAACAGGGACUUCUCUUUUUCUCGGUUGACCUCGCCAAUGUUCACUCGGUGUGGUAGUUUUGAGGCUGGAUACAUAGACUAGUCCUUGGAAGUUGUCUGCCCGGAACAGCUAAUGCUCCUCCCUGGUAAUUCCUGGGCACCGCCAUACUGGAAGCCACACACCAGUGGAAUGGCGGUCAUUUUCCAGCAGGAAGGAGGUUUCUAGCGGGUGUUGCCUUGCUAGGAGCCCUCCUGCAAUAUGGUAAAGUCAGUCAGCUGAAACUGGGAGUCUGUGCACAGGGCCACAUCAUAGACUUUUUUUUGGGGGGGGGUUCUUUCUCUCAUAAAUUGCUCUCUAGGGAGUAAUCCCCCCUUAGCUAUCCUGAACAGCUGUGACUGAAGGUAAAAUCGGGGCAUGGUAGAUGACUCCAUGGGGUUCGUUUCUCCAAGUCAUUUAUCUAAGUAGAUGUUCUUGAGAGUUCAAUUUGUUUCUCUCCUUCACCCAUGAUAUUGCGGGCUUUCCCUCCAGAGGCCCCCGAUCUCUGUGAUAAACAUGCCAGGUCUAAAACCAAAGCUCUCAUUUGAGGCUAGGGGCUGCAGAAAGAAUAUGCGUUCUUCGAAAGCAGCAUGGGAAAGAGGAAGCGGACUGAAACUGGAAGGCAUGGGGUAGAGGUAGAGACAGGAGGGAGAGGCAGGCAGGGGCUUCUCUGAAUGUCAGAACGACAACAGAUGGUUCAGGGGCUUCUGAAGUGUUCCUUCAGCCCUUGGGGUCCCACGUGCAGAUUCUUGAUCGGCUGCAGCAAUGUGAGGCUGGAAUCCCAAGCUUUUGACAACAUUCUGCAAAUAGACUUUGAUCUAAGUCUUGGCAGCAACCCAGGCACUCCUAAUUUCUUUUACAUGGUUUAAAGGCUUGGUGGAAUGGAAGCUGUUUGGGGCUUUUUCAUUCACUUCCCCUUUUCCUUCUUGAUAUAUGUGAAAGUUUGGACUCCCAGAGAUUUUAAAGUAAGGGUUUGGGAAUGCCCCAGGUUUAUCUGCAAAGUUUGGAGUCUAGAACUCCUCUGUGGCUACUGUCAGUUCCUCUAAGACUUCUCCCCUCAUUGGUAAAAUUGCAUCUUGGGGUUCCUUCAAAGCUCCUUUUGUCUCCUUGACAGCACAUCCCCCAGUGUCAGGUCCUGUGACACUCAAGGUACAGCGUCACCUGGCCUUCCCACCGAAUGCAGAGUAUUGUAGGUGCAUCAUCUUAUUAUCUAUAAAAUAGUAUUGGGUACUGCCUCACUCCCUCUCUGUAUAUACGAAGAUGUAACAUGCCCAAAGCCACAUGAGUGAGCAAACACAAUGUGUACCUCUGUUGUUCUUGCCAGGAAAAGCAUUUCUCAUGAAGCCCUGUAGGGGGCGUGCUCCCACCCCAAGGAGAAACUGUAAGAGAAGUGGUCUGAGAUCCACAGCACUCUCCUUGUUGAGCAGGAUGCAAAUGUGAUGUCCUGCCAGCAGGUUGACAAUUACAGCUGCCAACAGAAGCAGCUGGUUGGUCUUCCCCUUCCCAAGUGGAAAUGUCACUCAGCUUCUUUUAAGAUGGAUUUCCUAUGUUGAUUUUUAAUUGUGAAUGACUCAGCCACCCUGGGCACUGGGAACUUUCUAAGCAUUGUCGGCUACGAUAGCUGGCCUUGGGUUUUGUUGCUGGGGGGGGGCUGAGUGUAACAUAGGAAGACGUCUUUUCCCAGGAAGCAGGGCUUCGGGGUUUAUAUGGGACUUGGGUUGAAGCUGUGUGCGUCGUUCCAUCAAACACUCUCUUAUUCGUCUUGUCCAGUGACUGAAGCUAUUGAACUUGACUUGUGCCUAUAAAUUAGGUUUCUGAUCUGGUCUCUUUUCCCAGUGGGUACUGGAGGAACUAGACUUUGUUAAGGAUGCCCUGAGGAGAAAGUCAACCCAAUACACAUGAGAGGACAUCAGGGUGGCAUCUGUCAGGUUCUUCCUUUGAAAUCCCAGAGAGAAAUGUAAUAGCCAAGCUUGUCUCCUUCUUUCAUGGUAGACUCAGGGUUGAAAAGCCCAUUUUCCCGAGCCUCAGUUUCUUCCUGACUGAACUGCUCCUUCAGGGCUACCACACACAGGGAAGGGAGGCUCAUCCCGACAGUCUGGCUUGGUAUAGAGAGGCCAGGGUGAGAGCACAGACCAGCACCGGACAGUAUUCACUGAGCUGUGACAGAUACGCCCGUAUUUUACAAACAUGCUACAAGACUGUGUGUGUGUUAGGGACAGAAGCCAAGGCUUUGUGAAUACUAGGCACGCUCUCUGCCACCCGUCCUCAGCUGUGUCUUGAAAGUAUUCAAAAACCUUGUGACUAUAGCGGAAGGGUCAUCUCUAAAUUUGCGCCUUUAUGGAGGCUAGGGGACACAGAGUCAGAUGCACUCCUGGAGGAGGACUUGAGGCCCACUCUGCCACCAUUGCCUGCUGUGGAUAUGAAGCUUGACCCUGACUAGCCUAUGACUCUUGUUCCACCCACUGGUGAUUUCCUUUGCCCACCAAAUCCCUGAAGGUUACAGGUCAGGGUGAUGACACUGGGGAACUAGCUGGAGAAAAUAGCACCUGCCAGACCAUCCUGUUCGUUUCCUUUGGGCAAGGGAAGGGGGUGAAGAAGGGACCAGUUCAGGAGUCUGCAGGGUGGCUCCAGGGUCUUCGGCACUUAUGAUGUUCUGCUGGCCCACACUGGGCCACGUUCUGAGUUUAGCUUCGGCUUCCAGAACUUCUCUGCAGAGCUGUUAAUGCCGCCUUGUACUUCUGUAAAAGUGAGAGGUUGGUGGUCUCCUUGGAGCUUGGCGAUGUGAAUGGCGGCAUCAGUAAAGAGAAGGUAGCCGACCCCACUGGCCUUUUCUCCCCUGCAUCAGGGUCUUAUUUGCUGGAGUUCUUGAGAGAGCCAACGAAGCCUCUGGCUCUCCUCCAGGCUACUGACAUGUUGCACUACUGAAUACUCUCAAAUCUGCUGCAACCUUUUGUUUACACCAGCAGAGAACAGAGUGAUAAAGAGAACGUUAUAGAUGAAAUGCUUGAUGCUUAGUGCAGCGAUCAAAGCUUGCCUGGGCCAGUGGAGCAGGGAAGCCAUCACGGCCAUGGAGUCACCACUUCACUGUUGUCUCCUGGGCCCUGUUCAGCUCUCUGCUGUCCCCUGCAGCCACCACAAGGGCUAGGCUGUCCAAUGAGCCCUAUAGCUUCUAAGAAAUGCAAUGGCUUAUUUGUAGUGCCGAGUGACAGCCCAGGCGAAGAAGCAAAAGCCCAUGACUUACCCUGCCUCUUUAUUCUGCCCUGCCCCUUGUUUAGGGGAGGGAAAACUUUCUAGCAAUUAUGGCUUUGUUUGCUGCCUGGUGCUUUUAUAGUAUGUCAUUUCCUUUUUCUAAAACCAAAAUUGCAUUGGUUUGGUUGUCACUGUCAAGGGUAUAUUUAUUGUUUUACAAAUGUGAGUAUAUAUGUAUGUAUAUGUAUAAAAACCAAACGUAUAUAUAAAAAGUCAAGGCAUGUAUACUAGAUAUUUUAAAGUUAUUUAUCAAAGGGAAAAGAUGUGUGUUAUAAAGUAAAACAGAGUCUAUAUUUUAUAUAUAAUGUUAGAUAGCAAAAGAUAGCUUAUAAAUUAUAGAAGGUUUUACUUUUUGUUUUCUAUUAUUAAAUGAAAAAAAAGAAAGAAUUUUAAAAGGUAUUUAAAAGAUACAGGAGAGGAAAUGCAACAGUGCUCAGUGUUUCCAAGGCAAACCCUUAGGGAGAUGGAGGUGGCCUGAGUCGAUGGUACCCACUGAUGCCUGUACGAUGCUCUGGCCUGGGGUAGGCAUGCCAGCCAGCUGUCUGGGCUGUGCCAACAGUGCUUUCAGCUGUUCAUGAAUGGAUUUGAUGGGAUGAGCAUUGGUGGUGGGAAAAAGGAUGAACAUGGCAAAUAAAGUCUUUAAAGAA